UAGAGCUUUGAAUAAAAAUGAUAGGAUCUCACGAUUGCCUUACAUUCUAAGAAAACGUUAAUACUUUUUUUUUUUUUUCUCGUAAAUCAUUUUAAAAUUGAGAGAAGAGAAAAUGAAAGAAAGAGAAGUUUGUUGAAUCAGUAGUUGCAGAGACAUGGUUAGUUCCGCUGACUCUGUCAAGUCAUCUCUUUCUCUCCCGUUUACUUUACGCUCACAUCUCUUUUUCUCCACAAGGACAAAAAACAGAGUCAUUCAUUUUUUCUCUCAAACUCUGUUUAAGAAAAAUCGAAAAAAAUCAUUACUUUCCGAUUUGCUUUCUCACUUUCUCAUGCAACAAACGUAAAACCCACAAAAGAAAUUCGAAGCACAAGUUUUGAAACUCUGUUUUUUUAUUGAUCAGAAACAAUGUCUUUGAUUCAUAAAGGAGCCACCUUGGCUCUGUUUCUAGCGUUGACUAUGGUGGUCAACGGAGUUUUCGGGAGAUUCAUCGUUGAGAAGAGUAGCGUGACGAUUCUAAACCCUUUGGCAAUGCGGUCUAAGCACGACGCAGCCAUUGCUAACUUCGGUGUUCCUAACUACGGUGGUUACAUGAUCGGCUCCGUCGUUUACGCCGGUCAAGGAGCUUAUGGAUGUGACUCUUUUGACAAAACUUUCAAACCCAAAUUCCCUCGUCCUACCAUUUUGAUCAUCGAUCGUGGAGAGUGUUACUUUGCAUUAAAGGUAUGGAACGGUCAACAAUCCGGUGUAGCAGCAGUUUUAGUAGCUGAUAACGUCGAUGAGCCAUUGAUAACAAUGGAUUCACCUGAGGAAUCCAAAGAAGCUGAUGACUUUAUAGAGAAACUCAACAUUCCAUCGGCUUUAAUAGACUUUUCUUUCGCCAAUACUCUCAAGCAAGCUCUUAAGAAAGGUGAGGAAGUAGUCCUGAAGAUAGACUGGAGUGAGUCAUUACCUCAUCCGGAUGAGAGAGUUGAGUAUGAGCUAUGGACUAACACGAACGAUGAGUGUGGUGCACGGUGUGAUGAGCAGAUGAAUUUCGUAAAAAACUUCAAAGGACAUGCGCAGAUUCUUGAAAAAGGAGGAUACUCUUUGUUCACACCUCAUUACAUUACAUGGUUUUGUCCUAAAGAUUAUGUUUCUAGCAAUCAAUGUAAGUCUCAGUGUAUAAACCAAGGGAGGUAUUGUGCUCCUGACCCUGAACAAGACUUUGGUGAUGGAUACGAUGGUAAAGACAUUGUCUUCGAGAACUUGAGACAGUUGUGUGUUCAUAAAGUAGCUAAAGAGAAUAACCGGUCUUGGGUUUGGUGGGACUAUGUGACUGAUUUUCACAUUAGAUGUUCAAUGAAGGAGAAGAAGUAUAGCAAAGAAUGUGCAGAGAGAGUUGUUGAAUCUCUAGGUUUGCCACUUGACAAGAUCAAGAAAUGUAUUGGUGAUCCUGAUGCUAAUGUGGAGAAUGAAGUUUUGAAAGCUGAGCAAGCACUUCAGGUAGGACAAGGUGACCGCGGAGAUGUCACAAUCUUGCCAACAUUGAUCGUCAACAAUGCUCAAUACCGCGGUAAACUUGAGAGAAAUGCAGUACUUAAGGCUAUAUGUUCUGGAUUCAAGGAAAGAACCGAACCCGGGAUCUGUCUAAGUGGAGAUAUUGAAACAAAUGAAUGUCUCGAAGCAAAUGGAGGGUGUUGGGAGGACAAGAAGUCCAAUGUAACAGCUUGCAAGGACACAUUUAGAGGAAGAGUCUGUGAAUGCCCUGUUGUGAAUGGUGUACAGUAUAAAGGAGAUGGAUAUACAUCAUGUGAACCUUAUGGCCCUGCAAGAUGCUCGAUUAACCAAGGAGGUUGCUGGUCUGAAACCAAAAAGGGCUUAACUUUCUCGGCUUGCUCGAACUUGGAGACAUCGGGAUGUCGCUGCCCUCCAGGGUUUAAAGGAGAUGGUCUUAAAUGUGAAGACAUUGAUGAGUGUAAGGAGCAAUCAGCUUGUCAAUGUGAUGGAUGCAACUGUAAGAACAAAUGGGGAGGCUUUGAAUGCAAAUGCUCUGGAAAUCGUCUCUACAUGAAAGAACAAGACACUUGUAUUGAGAGAAGCGGAUCAAGAAUCGGAUGGUUCCCUACAUUUGUGAUUCUAGCUGCAGUUGCAAGCAUAUGUGUAGGUGGUUACGUAUUCUACAAGUAUCGUCUCAGGUCUUAUAUGGAUUCAGAAAUCAUGGCGAUUAUGUCUCAGUACAUGCCAUUAGAGAGCCAAAACACAACCGAUCCAAUGACUGGUGAAUCUCAACACCAACAGCUGAGAUUAACUUCUGCAGCCUAAUUUUAUAAAUCUUGAAAAGAUGAAAUUUUUCUUAAAGAGAGCUAAAGAUGAAAAAAUUUCUUUGUUUAAUCUUGAAAAAUACUUCUUUUUGGGUCAUUUUUAUUGACUCUUUUCAUUCUUGUAGAUAAGAUAUAUGCAUUAAGAUUUAAAAAGGAAAUUGUAUUGAAAGUGGUAAAUCAAACAGCUCUUUGGUCAUCUCAUACAGAGAAUGAAUUGGUUGGGGAAAUGUAACAGUAAGGAUAUUUUUAUCAUAAACAAAGUUUGAG